AUGCCGAGGAUGAGGUGUUCAAACAUUCAUUUCAUUUUAUCUACCUUCUUCGUCUCUGUUUCUCUUUUCCUCCGCCGUUUCUUUUUUCUUUCUCCCGCAGCCCUAUUUCCCGAGCCCGUACCAGAAGAUUUCGGUCGACCUUUAUGGUCACUGAACUGGUCUCCAUACGCUGUGAUAGAUGCGGAAGGCACAAAGGCGGUUUUCGUUGCUAUCAAGGACGGGCGCGAGGUCUUGUAUUUCGUCAAUUUAGUGGGGGGCUCUCAGCCUCGCUUGCUUGAGUGCACGUUCGUCGUGGUCAACGUGAUUCGUACAGUGUCGUCUCCAUCCAAGGAGCUGAUACUCGAUUCCCUACUGAAGGCCUCUAAAACGGUUACGUUCCCCGUCGGAAUUAUAUCUAUUCCUCGUCCGCUGACGCUCAAAGUUCGUCCGACGGCCGAACCGCUCCAUGUUGUGUAUUAUCCUCCCCAAAACCCCGAAUACUCUGGGAGCAGCGUGGAGAGAGAAUUACCCCCUUGUGUGCUCAAUGCUCAUGGCGGGCCCACAGGCCUCUCGAAUCAGGCCCUAGAGUGGAAGAAACAGUAUUUCACUUCGCGUGGUUGGGGAUGGUUAGACGUAAACUACCGCGGGUCCUACGGGUAUGGACGUGCCUAUACCCAGCGACUCGCGUCGCAAUGGGGUAUUGUAGACGCGGAGGACUGUAUCCUCGCAUCGCGCGCGCUCUCCAGCCCGCGUUACUCACUCAUCGAUCCAAAGCGUGUUGUCAUUCGCGGGCAAUCCGCAGGAGGGUAUACAGUCCUUGCUGCUCUUUCUAUCAGCUCGGACACUCGGGCCUAUCUUUAUUAA